GUGGGUUGUGAAAUAGCAGGAUGGAAUUAAUUUUCGUGUUCUUGUGGCGUUGCCGUGGCAAUGAGUAAUUUGUAUGAUCCCGUGGAAAUUAUUUACGUUAAAAAUCACAUAUACAUAGGUCGCUGCGUUUGUAUUUCAUGACUCUCAAGUGACGGUUCUGUGCGAUAAACUGUGCAGUACAGUAUUGUAUCCGAGCGCUAAACCACAGUUGUAAAGGGAAAAUGUCGAAGAGAGUGUGUCCCAAUUGCGGUGGCAGUGACAUUGACGUUGACCAGGCACGUGGCAACGCUGUUUGUGUUGCCUGUGGGUCGGUUCUUGAAGAUAAUAUCAUUGUAUCUGAGGUGAACUUCGCCGAAAACUCCCUGGGAGGAACUUCCGUUAUUGGUCAAUAUGUCUCCGCAGAAGGAGGAAAGUCUCAUUCUCUUGGAAGUAGUUUUCAUCAUGGUUUUGGGAAAGAAUCAAGGGCUGUAACACUUCUAAAUGGUAAGAGAAAGAUUCAGUCGCUUGGUGCACAGCUGAAAUUAAAUCAACACUGUAUAGACACUGCAUACAAUUUUUUCAAAAUGGCGGUUUCCAAGAGAUUGACGAGGGGUCGGAAGACGAGUCAUGUUGUCUCAGCAUGUUUGUAUCUUGUCUGUAGGACGGAAGGUACACCACAUAUGCUAUUAGAUUUCAGUGACAUUUUGCAGGUUAAUGUAUAUGUGCUAGGUAAAACAUACCUGAAGUUGUCAACUGAAUUACAUAUAAAUGUUCCUGCAAUAGAUCCUUGUUUGUAUAUUCCACGUUUUGCCCACAAACUAGAGUUUGGUGAUAAAACUCAUGAUGUUUCCAUGACAGCAUUGCGUUUGGUGUCUCGUAUGAAACGUGAUUGGAUGCAUACUGGUAGAAGACCAUCAGGACUUUGCGGAGCAGCUCUCUUGGUAUCAGCAAGACUUCAUGAUUUUAAUCGAACGCAAAAAGAAAUUAUUCGUGUGGUUAAAGUAUGCGAUGCAACGUUAAGGAAAAGAUUGACUGAGUUUGAAGAGACUCCUUCAAGUCGGCUGACAAUUGAUGAAUUUCAGAAAAUAGAUUUAGAAGAGGAACAAGACCCACCAGCAUUUACAAAUGCCAGGAGAAAAGCCAAAAAAGCACAGUUUGGAGAAGCUUGUAAACUGCCAGAGCUGGAAGGUGAAAUAUCAUGUGUACAGGAAGAAAUUGAAAAGGCUUUACAUAAAAAACACAGUAAAAAUCCAAAUUUAUGUGAAGGUUCACUAUCUCAGUCAGAUGACUCCCAAGAUGUCCAAGAAACGUCACAGUUUGUGGAAGAGGAAAUCUUGCAGCAGGUGGAAGAGGAGACGGAAAUCUUACAGGACGCGAAAGAGGAAGCGGUGGCAGAGUCGGCUGUGAUGCAAGAACCUGUGAAAGACUGCCAUGUAGAUGAUGAUGUAGACGAUGAUGUGGGAAUUGACAAUCAUUGUACCAACAGAAAUAAUGAGGAACUUGAUACUUUACUACUUAGUGAAGCAUCAUGGGAAGGGGCGUAUUCUGGGCCACGGCCAUCUGCUGUAAGUCUAGGACUAACGCAAACAAUAGAGGAGUGUAUGCAAGUGCCAGAAGAGGAAUCUGUUCCAGAAGAUGAUGGUGAGUUAGAUCUUACUGGAAUUGACGACAGUGAGUUGGAAAAGUUUAUUUUAAGUGAUAAUGAAGUUGAGCUAAAAACUGAAAUUUGGAUGAAAGAAAAUGCAGAGUACCUCAAGCAGCAAAAAGAAAAAGAAGAAAAAGAGCAGAGAGAUCGAGAGUUAGGAAUUUCAAAACCUGAAUCAAAAAAGAAAAGAAAGUACAAAAAGAGAGUUCCCUUCCAAGCAAACACUGCCGGGGAAGCCAUUGAAAAAAUGCUACAAGAGAAAAAAAUAUCCAGUAAAAUAAACUAUGAUGUUUUAAGAGAUUUGAACAGAGAGAGUGACUGCCAAGGUAGCAGCAAAUCACCACCUAAACAGGAAAGUAUACCAGAGUCAACAAUGUUAUCACCAUCACCAUCACCGAUAGCAACGACGAAAUCAAGAAUGUCAAGUGGAACAAUGAAAAGGAUACAACCAAAUGUAAAUAAAAGGAAAACUGACCAAUCACAGGUUACCAGCUCAAAAAUGGCCCGAUUGGAAACUAACUUUCCUGAAAGUCUAAAGAAUGAGGAUGCUGUUGUCGUGGAGAGUGGACCAGUUACAUUUGAUAACAGUCAUUUGGAGGAUGAGGAUGCAGACUAUUACGAGGAAGAGGAAGGUGAACCAGUCAGUGCUCUACAAUUAAUGGGACAUUCAGGGUUGGAUAGUUACCAUGACUAUGAUAUGGAUGACAUGGAAUAAGUGGUUUUACAUUGUCACAAACCAACUAGCUACAAUCAAAUCCAUUCUCAUGGGAAUUUUUCACUUAUUAAAUGUAAAGUGUAAAUAUGAAUUAUUUUAUUGUAAAAAUUUUUUUGUUGAAAAACAAGCACGAGAAUGAACUGUACAAUUUUAGCUCUAAUAUACUUUUUCCAAGUCUGUGUAUAGGACUCUAGUUUAUUUAUUAAUUAAAAUACUCAAA